AUGUGCCACUUUCAGGUCUCCUCACACUGCUGGUGGGUUCCAUUUUGUCAUAGGGUGCUGGCAGAUUACGGGCCUCCCAUUGCUGCUGCCAGGCCCGUAAUCUGUCAUGGGCCCCUGUACCGCCUCCUCAUGCUGCUGCCAGGUCCAGAGUCUCUCAUGGGUCCCUGUACGGCCUCCCAUUGCUGCUGUCUCCAUCGCCACACUCUGCCAUGUGCCACUUUCAGGUCUCCUCACACUGCUGGUGGGUUCCAUUUUGUCAUAGGGUGCUGGCAGAUUACGGGCCUCCCAUUGCUGCUGCCAGGCCCGUAAUCUGUCAUGGGCCCCCGUACCGCC